AUGCCUGGGUUUGGUUAUGGUUCAUUUAAUGCACUAAGGUCUUUCUUGUCAGGGUUCCACAAAAGCUCUGGAAGACUGAAGUCACUUGGACAGUCACUUACUUCUGGUGCUCCUAAGACAGCUUUUGCGGAAGAUCUUAAAUCAUAUAAGAGAACUAUAUUUGAUCCCCAGGACAAAAUUCUUUUUCGAAUGAACUGGGUUUUCUUCUCGUCUUGUCUUUUUUCUGUUGCAGUGGACCCACUAUUCUUCUUUCUACCCAUCAUCAACGAUUCAAACUGCAUUGGUAUAGAUAAAAAGUUGGCAGUGACAUCAACAAUAGUACGGACGGUUAUUGAUUUUGUCUACCUUAUACGUGUGUGUCUUCAAUUCCGCACUGCUUAUGUUGCCCCGUCUUCACGAGUGUUUGGGACUGGUGAGCUUGUGAUUGAUCCAAUGCUAAUUGCAAAGCAAUACAUUAAAAGUUACUUUGCAAUGGACUUUGUUGCAUUGCUACCACUUCCACAGAUUGUUGUUUGGAGAUAUCUCAACAUUCCAGAUGGCCCAGAUGUACUGACUACAAAAACUGCACUGGUUUGGGUUGUUUUGAUUCAGUACAUUCCAAGGUUGUUUCGAAUAUUCCCUGUGACCACAGAUUUGAAAAGGACAGCUGGUGUUUUUAUUGAAACUGCUUGGGCUGGUGCUGCUUAUUAUCUUCUAUGGUUUAUGCUGGCUGGGCAUAAUGUCGGUACUUUAUGGUAUUUUUUAACCAUAGAACGUGAAGAUGAUUGCUGGCAUCUGUACUGUGAUCCCAACGUUGGAUGUAAUAGCAGCUACUUGUAUUGCAAUAAUCAUCAUCAUGGCAGCUAUGAUAGUUGGCUUAAGACUAAUGGUGCCCAAGUAUUCAACAUGUGCAAUGGUAGUCAAGAUAAUUUCAACUUUGGCAUUUAUCAGCAAGCACUGGUCUCCGGAAUACUUUGUCCAGGAAAUUUCAUCUCAAAAUUAUGUUAUUGCUUCUGGUGGGGAUUGCAAAAUCUAAGUACACUUGGUCAAGGGCUUUUGACAAGCACAUACACUGGAGAAGUGAUAUUCUCUAUAGCAAUAUGUGUCCUUGGACUAAUUCUUUUUGCUCUCCUCAUUGGUAACAUGCAGAGGUACCUACAAUCUGUUGCUAUACGCCUUGAAGAGAUGAGAGUUAAGAAACGUGAUGCUGAACAGUGGAUGCAUCACCGUUCACUGCCACCGGAAAUCAGACAUCGGGUGAGGAAGUAUGAACGUUAUCGGUGGUUGGAAACCAGGGGAGUAGAUGAAGAAAGUUUGGUUCAAACUCUUCCGAAAGAUCUUAGGAGAGAUAUCAAGCGUCAUCUUUGUUUGGGCUUAGUGAAAAGGGUGCCUUUGUUUGAAAAUAUGGAUGAACGAUUAUUGGAUGCAAUAUGUGAGCGGUUAAGGCCUGCACUCUACACAGAAAAUGAAUUCAUUUUGAGAGAAGGUGAUCCAGUGGAUGAGAUGCAUUUUAUUCUUCAUGGUUGUUUGGAGAGUGUAACCACUGAUGGUGGACGAAGUGGAUUCUUUAACAAGGUCCAGCUAAAGGAAGGAUCAUUCUGCGGUGAUGAGUUGCUCACUUGGGCAUUGGAUCCCAAGUCAGCUGCUAAUUUUCCAGUUUCGAGCAGGACUGUCAAGGCACUCACUGAGGUUGAGGCGUUUGCCCUAUGUGCAGAAGAGCUGAAAUUCGUGGCCAGUCAGUUCAGGAGGCUGCACAGCAGGCAAGUACAGCACACAUUCCGAUUCUAUUCCCAGCAAUGGAGGACCUGGGCAGCCUGCUUCAUCCAAGCGGCAUGGCGUCGCUAUUACAAGCGGAAGAUGGCAGAGCAGCGGCGCAAAGAAGAAGAGGCAGCAAGCCGGCCAAGUAGUAGCCACCCUAGCCUUGGGGCGACUAUCUACGCAUCUCGUUUCGCGGCCAACGCCAUGCGAGGGGUUCACAGGCUAAGAAGCAAGGCUGUCCCUACCAUUGUCAGGCUACCGAAACCCCCAGAACCAGAUUUUAGUGUCGACGAUGCUGACUAA